UUAAUUGCACACCUAUUGAAAUGAACCUGUAGUUUCUAGAAGUGGAAGAAAAUUUGCUGAGACGUCAGCUGGGGAUUCUUCCUGGAGAACUCCAGAAAUGGAGAGCUUCCACACCAGAUUCAGUGCCUGGACACCUUUUAGCAACAAGCCAUUAAAUAGACAGCUCUUUCAGGAAAGAGUGGCUCUUAUAAGUCAUUGGUUUGACCUCUGGACUAACAAGCAACGUCAAGAAUUCUUAUUCGCAAUUUUUUUAAGAUGCACUAAAUCACAAUUAAGGUUUGUCCAAGACUGGUUUUCAGAAAGGAUGCAAGUGGCCAAAGUGGACUUCUCUACAGUGUUACCACGCUUCAUUUCUCUAUAUAUCUUUUCCUUUUUGAGUCCGAAAGAUUUGUGUGCCGCUGCCCAAGUCAGCUGGCCCUGGAAGUUUUUAACUGAACAGGAUUGCUUAUGGAUGCCCAAAUGCGUUAAGUUCGGAUGGUUUCUGCCCUAUACUCCAACAGAUAAUGAGUAUGGUGCUUGGAAGCGCCAUUACGUUGCUUGUGUGUCCCACUUAGACUGGCUGACACCUAGGGAGGCUGCUGCUACUUAUGGGACGCUGAAUGAACCCAAAACAGAAGAUGAGGAACUACUGGAGAGACAAAGAGAAAAGUGCCUGAGGAAAAGAAUUUGGGAGAAAAUUGCACUACGUAAGAAGGAGUUAUUCAAAGUUCGACCCCCUUGGGUGAGUGGAACUUGCUGCUCUAGCGUGCUAAAGCCCAGAUGCCAACCACGCCUCUCCCAGACUGUAAGGGAGCGAGUGGGAUUACAUGAAGCUUUGGAGAAACAGCUUGUUUUGACAUCGUCAGAAACCCUGCCCAAGCGAAGCAAUAUUUCUGGAAGCCAUUCCUACCCUUUAUUAUCAAAGAAAAAUUGGCAUGGAGUUCAUAAAAAUGAUGACAGCUCUUCAUAUGCUCUCCGGCCACACUUCAUGUUAAUAUCAUCCCGGAUUCCUGCGUAUGAGAUGGUGGUGGAGAGUGUGAAGGCUGGUGUUGUUUCUGUGGUAUAUGAACACAGCGUAACCUUGGAAAGCCUUCUGUAUCUUAUAGAAAAAGCUCUGGAUGGGCAGAAGGCACAGAGCAUCGGAAUAUUUAGCGAUGGAGACAGCAGAGAAAUCAAUUUACUCCAAGGCUAUAAAAUUGGUGUUAAAAAUUUACUGAGGCCUGAAGUGAGAGAUUUCUGGGAGAAAUUAGGAAGCUAUGUGGCCACUGAAGAAGAAGGGGGUCACGUGGACUUCUUCGUGCCCCUUGGAGCAUCAGAGGCAGGAAUUGAAGUUCUUUCCCAGCUGUCUCAACUAACUGGCACGUUCUUUACGGCCCCCACUGGGAUUGCAACUGGCUCUUACCAGCACAUUCUUAGUGAUUGGCUGGGAUCCCAAUGGGGAAAGGCCCCCUCUUCCAUCUACUUCUGCGAAUCGAAGCUACAGACGUGGUCCAGCUUCACAGACUUCCUAGAAGAAACCUUGAAAACAGUAAGGAAGCAGCUGUAUCCUUUCUUCAAGGAACUGCAGAAGAGCAUCAGUGGCAGGAUGAUAGGGCAGUUUAUGUUUGACACCAUGGGUAUGACCAACAUUCUAAACAACCAAGAUACUGCACAAGCUCUGGCAGAUGGAUUGAUGGAGUUGUCAAAAGAAGAUUCUGAAAGAAGUGUUGUAGAAGACAAUUCUUGGGACACAAAGUCCAGGCUCAGCAAAAAUGAUUUAAAUUUUGAAGCACUGAUUAAUCUGGAGAGAAUACUCCAGAAGGACUCAGCAGAAAAGCGAGCUAGAGUUGUCAGGGAACUCUUACAGAGUGAGAGGAAAUACGUGCAGAUACUGGAAAUUGUGAGAGAUGUUUAUGUCGCACCACUGAAGGCAGCAUUGUCAUCAAACAGAGCGAUUCUGAGUGCUGCCGAUAUCCAGAUCAUUUUCUCUGACAUUCUACAGAUUUUAAAUCUCAACAGGCAGUUUCUAGAUAACCUGAGAGACAGACUGCAGGAAUGGGGCCCAGCUCUCUGUGUGGGAGAAAUAGUCAUGAAGUUUGGAAGCCAGUUAAACACAUAUACCAAUUUCUUCAACAAUUACCCUGUCAUUCUGAAAACUAUUGAAAAGUGCAGAGAAAUGAUACCAGCAUUCCGAACUUUCCUGAAGAGGCAUGAUAAGACCAUUGUUACCAAAAUGCUGAGCCUGCCAGAGCUGCUGCUGUACCCAUCCCGAAGAUUUGAAGAAUACCUUAAUCUUCUCUACGCUGUCAGGCUUCAUACCCCUGCAGAGCAUGUUGACCGUGGGGACUUGACCACUGCAAUUGACCAAAUAAAAAAAUAUAAAGGUUAUAUAGAUCAGAUGAAGCAAAACAUCAAUAUGAAGGAUCAUCUGUCAGAUAUACAGAGAAUCAUCUGGGGAUGCCCUACUCUAUCAGAAGUAAGCAGAUAUCUGAUUAGGGUACAAGAUGUAGCCCAACUUCAUUGCUGUGAUGAAGAAAUAAGUUUCUCUUUAAGGCUCUAUGAACACAUCCAUGAUCUCAGCCUUUUCCUCUUCAAUGAUGCCCUGCUCAUUUCUAGUCGGGGCACAUCUCAUACUCCAUUUGAGAGGACUUCAAAAACAACCUACCAGUUCAUUGCAUCAGUGGCCCUUCAUCAGUUACUCAUAGAAAAUAUUCCAGAUUCCAAGUAUGUCAAGAAUGCAUUUAUUCUUCAAGGUCCAAAAUAUAAAUGGAUUUGUGCUACAGAAAUAGAGGAGGAUAAGUUCCUAUGGCUGUCAGUACUUCGAAAUGCAAUCAAAAGCAGUAUGGAGAAGUGA